GGAGAAUCUCCCGGAUCUCGAACCUUCCGAUCCUACCGCACUCUUUCACCGACUUCUCCACUAAACCGUCGGUGCUGGUGCUGGUGACGGACCCUAACCUCAUAUAACCUGGACUAAACUGGCUUCCCAGCCAGUCCCGAGCGCGGCGACGGUCUCUCCCCGCCGCUAUAUUUGGAGGGAGGCACGGUACCUUCUGAGAAUCUAGCUCGGGAGAGGCCAGAGGUGGAGGAGGAGGAGGGCGACGGAGAGGGAAGUGCGAAGGUGGACCGGUGGGGGCAGCCCAUUGGCCGAGAGCUCGACCGGAGUGUUAUAAUUAGAUCCCGACCACAGAUUUGGAAUGUUUCUGAGCCAUUUUUCUUUGGCCGACCUCGUUUUCCCGACGUGGGAGGCGGGGAGGGGUUUCCAGGUCCGCUUUGCUUUUGUUUUGCCUCUCCUGACGACUCCGUUGAAAUCGAGCGCAGCCUGCCCGUCUCGUCCCACGUCAUGGAACCACGAGUUCUCUUUGGACUUUCGGGAAAGGUUGAAUUUUGGCCGAGUUUUACUGCAGGGACGACGCAUUUUGCCUGACCUUACCUUACCUUCCACUCUGACGUCCGAUGCCCAAGAACCUUCUUAUUCAGCCGAGAUGCGAAUCUGCAAUGCUUCUGCGGUCAGAUUGGCGUGUCAUUCGGCAGGGCACCGGCGCCACCAACUGGGGAUUUUUUCACCCCGCGUUUCAGACCUCAAGAAUCUGCAUCCACCUCCUUCCUGCCCAGGGGAUGGAGACAUUUUUUCUUACCGGCUCCGUCCUGGACAACAGCGGAUUUGCGCUCCUGCAGCAGAGGAGUAGAUUGGGAAUGUCCAGUCACGUGCCUGCCUGCGCGAGCCUUGGCCCAAACUGCUCUCGCUCUCAUCAGAUUGAUCCAAUCCAUCACUGGAAACCAAUGUACGUGUAUCGGUGCAUCCGCAGCUGUCUGGAUUCUGAGGAUUUCCUGCGAGCUGCCAGUCGUCCUCGUCGUCGCUAUGGCCGGGGGUCCGAAUCCCUGGAACCGUGUGCAACAAGGAAGCCAUCGGGAGAGAUAGAGGUACCACCACAAGUACAACUCGGUACAGUAACUGACUCCCCGCUCCCUGACCAAGAUGGCAAGCAAUGCUGCUGUCCGUCCUCGGGAGGAAUUUCCACUCAUCAGCUCUCUCUGUCACAUCAGUCUUGCAUCAGUGCGCUUGUCGGACCUUCACAACGGUGGACUUUGGCCCAGUCCCGUAGGUUGCACCCUUCUCUUCCGUAGUCGGGAUUUUCCACAGUGGACUUUUGCAUCGUGGACUUAUUUUUUGAGAAUACUCAUUUCCUCUUCUGCAUCGGACUGGUCCCUUUGGCUUGAACGUAGCUCUUACUGCCGGGAGCAAUUUCGCAUGAAGAUGGCGUGGCCCCGCUAGAAAUCACGUUUCGACAUUCGCAUGAAGCCAGUCAAUCGUUCUUCCCUUUCCUUACGCACCGACACGUGUGUCCGAAACGAACGCCGGUGUCUUCCAUCCUUCACAACGUGAGAGUUGUGAAGGAUGGAACUAGGACGAAACAUGGCAGUGAUUUCCAUCCUAGACAAAUGAACAGUUUGACAACGAAAUGAAUGUGUCGAAAAUCCCGAAAAAUCGCACCUGCCUAGCGACGUGCUUUCAUGGCAACUUGGAAUAUUAUUUCUUAGUGGAAAUUCUUUCCUUCGCAGCUGUUGCAAUGGAACAUUACUAAAGUGGCGAAGAACGUACGGUGGUAGAUAGAAGGAUCCGUUUGAAAGGGAAGCUCUAUAGCGCCUUAGCCUUUCCGUUACUGCAUGGCAACUAUGAGAUAACAAACAAGGCGGAUUGUACAUGAGAAGGAACUCCAUGCAGAUACGAAAGACUAUCUGAAUAAUUUCCAAUAUAUAGACAAGAUAAAUCAAUAUAUAAACGUACAUUUUGGCCGUUUUUGUAGAUGCG